CGGCUUGAAUAAAUAACAUGUCUUUCCCGCCCGUUUGCCCGACAUCAGCAAACCCCGGGAGGAUGUUGUGCCUCAGUAUUCCGGUAACAUGGACAAGGACAGCAGCAUCUUUAAUUUGGAAUUCAACCAUGACCGGCUCUUGCGGCGGAGGGGUCGGCGUCGGCGUCGUGCCGUCUCGUGGAUUCGCUCGCGGCCUCGGGCAUUUCUCAGGUUCAUGAGGAGGCCGCCAGUCUUGCUGGUGCGAGUCACGAGGAACGUAAUCGUCUCACUUCUCUCCGUCCUCAUCCUGGUGCCGUUCCUGAGGCCCUCAUAUACGAGACCACCCCCCCACUACCUCGAUCUUGCUAGCCGGUGCAAGGAACUCACUCCAGGGUGCGCAAAUGUCGGCAAAGAAAAGAUAUUCAUCAGCGUGACCUUGCACGGCAGAGAUGGCUAUCUGGGAAGGGGGCCGUGGGGGCAUCGGGUAGUACAACUCGUUAGCAUCCUUGGUCCGGCCAAUGUAUACCUCAGCAUCUACGAAAAUGGCAGCGGCAGGUACGGAAAGGUCGCGCUGGAAUACAUACGACAGAGGAUCGAGUGCCGCCACAGGAUCAUCAGCGACGAGCAUGUUUCGCUGGCCGGCUUCCCCAACGUCACUCUUCCAGACCGAUCCCAGCGGACAAAACGAGUUGCCUACCUUUCGGAACUACGCAAUCGCGCCUUACGGCCCUUAGACAUGCUCGACGGCGGAGACAACUUAGUCGUCAAGUUUGACAAGGUCCUCUUCCUCGACGACAUCGCCUUCCGGCCUCUGGACGCCGCUCAUCUGCUCUUCAACACCAACAUGAAGCCCGACGGCCAGACAGACUACCUAGCCGCCUGCGCCCUAGACCACUCGAGCCCCUUCCACUUCCACGACGCCCACGCGCUACGAGACGCCGACGGCUUCGCCAACACCCAAGCCGUGUUCCCGCUCUUCAGCAGCCAGGGGCGCGGGCUCUCCCGCGCCGACAUGCUCUCCGAGCGGGAUGCCGUGCGGGUCAGGUCGUGCUGGAGCGGCAUGACGGCGGUGCGGGCGCGCCACGUCCAGAACACGGCCCGGUCGCUGCCGGACGGGGACUUCCGCGCCGUCGGCAGGCACGUCAUCGACCCCGCGCGCCCGACCAACGCCACGGUCCCCGUGCGCUUCCGCCACGAGCCAGAGGUCUGGUUCGACGCCAGCGAGUGCUGCCUCUUCAUGGCGGACAUCGCUCAGGCCGCCGCCUCCGCCGGCGGCGAGACCACCACCACCACCAUCGCCGGGAUCUACGUCAACCCGUACGUCCGCGCCGCUUACUCGGACCGGACGCUGCACUGGCUCGCCGUCGCGCGCUACUGGGAGCGCUUGUUCGUGCUCGUGUUCGACUUCCGGGCCCUCUUCGGGCUGGCGGCUGCUGACGGGAACCCAUACCGGGACGUCGUGGAGGGCCAGAGGUUCGGCGAGGAGGUGUGGGACUACGACGAGGGCCGGUGGAGGCUGGUGGAAAGGGUUGGCCGCCCCGGGCUCUUCUGCGGCAUGCGGGGGAGGCAGCUGAUCGAUCAGGGAGGAGAGCGUGGCGGCGACGGUGACGGUGACGGGGCGCACGGGGGUAUGCUUCCGGGACAGAUGCCGGGGUUCUAGAUUUUAGCGAAGGGAUUCUGGAGUCAGGUUUGGGACAAGUGUAUGCGCCGAGAAUUCUGGGACGUCGCUUCACGGAUAUAAGACCGCUGUUCAUUUUGUGACAUGUUGCUAAGGUGCCUUACUAGGUAUGUGAAUGUGUUGGCGACCAGAUUACUGGUUGCCAGACUUCGAAAAGAAUCAUUUGCGCCAGCAUCUGCCAAUUCGAUAUGUGGUUAGGUUACCUUAGUUUAUGGGGGGUUAUGGCGGCGGUGAAGUUCUACUAGG